AUGCCGGCUCCAGCACAAGAUUUUCAGGAGAAUGCCGUUAUCAAUGGCAUACAGGUAUCACUGCAGGCGGUAUCUGUUCCCAACCAGCAGAUCGUCCACGGAAACGUGUUUCCACUAGCAUUGAUAUUUACGUCUUCGGAUAUUUCUAACAGGUCUGCAACUGAACAAUUCCUCAAGGAUCUCUCGUCAAAAGGUGUUUUUACGGAGUUGCUUAACAAGCAUGGUGCAGUCCUAUUGAGAGGACUCGGUGAUUCUUCAGCGGAUGGUUUUUCGGCGUUUGUCAAUGGUAUUGAAAAGUCGCGUGGUCGUGUACCAUUUGAGCAGAUUGGACUCGCUGGAAAACGUCACAAUUGGGCAGAGAAUGUUUUCACUGCGAAUGAAGGUCCCCCAGAAGCACGUUUCUUUCAGCACAAUGAGUACGCGCGGUACACUCAUUUCCCCGCAAAUAUCCACUUCUUUUGUAACAAAGCUGCUCAGCAUGGCGGGGGAAGUCCUAUAGCACAUUCUGCUAUGCUUUUUGAGCGGAUUCAGAAUGAAUUACCUCAUUUCAUCAAGGAGCUCUCUGAGAAGAGACUUAUCAACCAGCAGGUGUAUCCAAGCAGGACAUUUUCUAGUGCUGUCAGUAAAGGUAAUGAGUUUUACUGGGAAGAUCCUGACUCAUUUGGUCAUGAAAUUAAUCCAGAGGACUCCAUUGAAACCAAACGUACCAAAGCUGAGAAGAUGAUCAGAAGAUUGACUGACGAUUUUCACUGGAAUGAGGACGGAAGUGUGACAUUGAAACAACACGUACCUGCCUUUCGUCAGCAUCCGGUCACCGGAAAGCCCACCUUCUUUAACGGAGUUGUGGGCCGUUAUGGUACUGCGAAAUCCCACGGUGCACUUGAACCUCCACAUAGAGGAAGCGAUGGGGGGUUUUACUUGCCUAACACGUAUGAUAAUGGGGAACCAAUUCCGUUCGCAGAUCUGGAUAGAGCGCUUGCAAUCUCGCGGGAACUGGAGUUCGUUCAUGCUUGGGAAGAAGGAGAUCUGGUGCUCGUUGACAACUACCAAGUUUCUCAUGGAAGAGAGCCCUGGAAAAGAGGUGAAGAGCGCGUAGUGCUAGUGAGUAUGUGGGAUGAGGUUGGACCCAAGCCAAAAGAAUGGACUGUUUGA